AUGUCGCGCUGGGGUAGAGGCCGAAGCGGCAGCGUGGCUGUGCCGCUGGACAGUGCUCUCUUUAGAGAAAAUAGUAAUUGCCCCACAGCUGCUCGAUCGGCGGGAACGGUGGGCAAAUGGGGAAUUACGAGCUUCACUUCCAUUAGGAGCGCUCCUUACGCAUAUCCAAACAAUGUUCAUAAGAAAGCUGUUCAGGAUCAGAACAGUCCUCUAACGGUACCAGCAGUUGAAACUGAACAACCACCUCCAAAGCCUAAAAAGUUUUUUAAAUCUCGAAAUGCUGAGUUAUAUCCACCAGUGCCACAAAUUACUUACGCUCCACCGGUAUCUGCUGCACCACUUUCACCUGAGCAUCCAGGCUCUGCUAAAGAAAAGAAAACAACUAAGAGAAGUAGAUACAAUAGAGACUCUUCAUCACCAGAAUUGCCUAGACGUAACUCUGAAAAGAGUAGAAAUAAAAGGAAUUUUGCCACCAAAGCAUCAAAGAAGGAGGAUCCAACUGCUGAAAACUCGCAAGCUCCAAACAAGAGGUACUUGGUUCGAAAUCGUGAUAAGGUAAUAAAUUAUGCAGAGGAUGGUAGUAAUAGUCCAAUUCCUGAAUUUAUAGUAUAUGAAUCAACACCUCCAAAGGCAGCUUCUCCUAAGGCUAGUCCAUUGGUUAUGAGCCCUUCAAAAAGCCCAGCUAAAACUGAGGUAAUGAGUCCAUCUACUAGUAAAGAUGCAAAUGAGGAGCGUAAACCACCACCUAUAGUACUAAGAAUUUCUAAAGGUACAUCUAGAAUAGUUAGUACAGAUUCGAAUGAAGGAUUUACAUCACCUAGUUCUGACAGACAUUCUUCUAUGGAUACACAUUCUGAUAUGGGUUCUGAUCAUAAAAAAAGCCCUUCAGUGGAAACUAUAUGUUCUCCUAAACAUGAGGGACUAAAAAUUACUAUCAAGUGUGCAGGACUAAGCCAGGAAAUUAAAAAAGAGAAAAAAAAGGAAAAGAAAGAACAUAAAUCACAUAAGAGGCAUCACAAACAUUCAGAAGAUGAAUUAGUUAAAAAGCCUUCUUCUCCAUUACCAGAUUCUGAUGCUUAUGAUCUAUAUAGAACUCUAGCAUCUCCUACAUGUGAAAAAGAAUCCAAAAAAAUUAAGCAGCUGGAUAACAAUGAGGCCCAGUUGGCUAAAUUAGAUUCAGAAAAGCAGUCUAAGAAGCCUCAGCCGGAACCAAAACCACCUGAAGUGAUAAGUGGUAGAUCAAGAAGGAAUAGGCCAAAUGUUAAUUAUAGUGAAAAUGAUGAUUACUUAGAUCGCUUAGGAUCCCGAACAUCUAGUAAGCUGGUAAUAAAAACUGUAACUGUAAGUGAUUUAAAGAAAGAAAAUAAAAAGAGCAGAAGAAGACAUGAAGCAGUAGCUGACAUUCCCACUGCAACUGUAACAUCCUCUAAAAUCCAACAAGAGAUAGAAAAUGAGUCUGAAUCUCAAUCAGAAAAGGAUGACCUUAUUGACAUACUGUCUGGGAAUAGUAAAACUGAAAAGGCUACAUAUAAAAAACCACACAAGAAGCAAAAACAUAAAGAAAGACACAGUAAACAUUCAAGUCCUAGUUCUUCAGGAGCUGACAAUGAAACAUUAGCAAGUCUAAAAGAACAACUUGCAUCAAUGAAUACAGAACAAAAUGAAGAGGAUGAUGAAAAUGUUGAAAUGGAGGAAACAGAACAAAUUGAAGCACAUGUUGAAGAGGCUCCUGAAGAACUGCAUAUGGAUGAAACUGCAUUACGUAGUGAAGCAAAUGAGGCUCAAAUACAAACACAGUCAUCAGAUUCAGCUUAUAACAGUUGCCCACAUGAAUUCUCAGAGGAAGAAUCACAAAAAUGUCACCAGGAUGAUGUAUUUAAAUCACCUCAAAGACUCGAUUCUGAAGAACAUAUGGAGGAUAAACCAAGUGUGAAGUUAGUCAUAACAAAGAAAAAAGGUUCCAUAUUCAAAAGUAAAUCAUUAGUUAAUGAUAACCCUUCACCAUUGCCAGCUCGGAAAAGAAGACACCUCUACAAACAUGAAUGGGCCAAUGAUAAAGGAAAUGAAACUCCGAGACCAGAGCAACCUGGAACACCCGAAGUUAACAAUGCAGUUGCAGAAGUGCCAGAAGAACUAACAAGAGUCACAAGAUAUAGAGCAGCCCAUCCCAUAAUGGAUGAUCCAACUAUGGAUGAACCUGUUAAACGUUAUACAAGUGUUAAAUGUGCAAAGGAAGCUAAAGAGUACUACACUGUUGUUCGGAAUGUUAAAAAGGCACAUCAAAUACAAGAGAUUGGAGAAUUCCAAGAAUUCAAUGAUGAUGUUGAAUAUCUUCUAGAUGCCUUGCAGGACAAUAAUCCAAUGUCUACACGAUGCCUAUCCGCUAUAACUCUAGCUAGUAAAUGCACAGCACCUGCAUUUCGCAUGCAUCUGCGAGCGCACGGCACUGUGCAGAAGUUCUUCAGCGCCUUACAUGAUGCCACCAAUGAUCAGAGCUUAGGUUUGUGCACAGCAACAGUGAUGUUUGUACUAUCUCAAGAUCGUCUAAAUAUGGAUUUGGAUCGAGAAUCUCUGGAGCUAAUGUUGAAUCUACUUGAGUCUGAUGUAUCACACAAGGAUGCCCUUGAUGACUGUGGUUUAACGUCAGCUCAGCUUGCAAAGACGCAGGAAAGAGUCCGGGAGCUAUGCGCUGAAAUUAAAAGCCAAGGGAAAGCUAACCAUCUGGAUUUGGAGAAUAUUACAGUGGGUCAUUUAGCAAUGGAAACGUUACUAUCUUUGACGUCAAAGCGAGCAGGCGAAUGGUUCAAAGAAGAGCUUCGGAACUUGGGCGGCGUAGACCACAUUGUUCGCACGAUACAGGACUGCGCAGCGAGACUAGAAUCACCGGCCAGCGCUUGGAGUAAUGCUGAGGUUGAUGUACUGAGAAAGGCAGAUAGGUGUAUGCGCGUCCUAGAGAACGUGACGCAACAAAAUGAAGCGAAUCAGCACCACCUUGUAACAGGGUCUCUGGGCGCGGCGCGGACGCUUGUGGCUCUGCUGCGGCGAUGUGUGGGUGAAGCGAAAACGGAACUGCAAUUGCGUACUGCACUAUUGGACGCGGCUUUGCCAGCUGUCAAAGUGCUAGUCAAUUUAUCACACUCGUUCGGUAUUGCUUCGUCAGCAGUUGGCGCAGAAGUGGUGGGCGAACAGCCUUCAAUAAUGGAAAUAUGUUUGAUAAUGUUAAAUAACCAAGGCACAUUCAUACCUGAUACCAAAAACUUCGACUUCUGUGUUUGUGUAUUGAUGCUGUUAAUAAACUUAGUACAAAACAACGAUAUAAACACGCAAAGGCUUCUGAGCGUGAGAAUACGAGUUGACAACGAACACGACGUCAUAUCGCGUAGUGUAUCAGCCCUGGAUCUUAUCGUGGAUCUGUUCUACAAGCGGGAAGAAUUGGCCAGGAGAGCAGAAGAAAACACAGAUGCCUUAUUAGACGGCGAGAAAGACGAGGGAGCACAAAAUGACAAGAAAAAGCAGCAGGAUGAUAUUGACGAAACAGUAGCAAAGUUGCUGGCGCGAGCGGGCACACACAUGGAGCACACGAUGGUGGGCGCGUACAUUGCGCUGCUGGUGGGCAACAUGGCUGUUGUGUCGCCUGCCCACGCCGCAGCCGUGCGUUUGCGUGUGCCCACCUACGCGCCCAUGCUGCCGACGCUCAAGAAGUACUUCACAUUCCUCUCGCUCACAGCCAGUGCUGAAGCGGCAAUCGUAGCGCACGUGAAGUCGACCCAAAGGAUAAUAUCUUUCAUGGAAACCAGUGACAAAGAGAACUCAACGCCGGAACAGCCCCCGCCAGCCGCACCCUAUACUGCCGCCUACCCCAGCUACUACCAAACAUCGCCCUCCGACGUACCUCAGGACAUGUCUCUAAGUAACCUCAACUAUUCCAUGAAUUACAGUAUGAACAGCACGUCAAGCUCCGAUAGAAUGUCCUCCUCUAUGGAGAUUGAUGGUUACCACUGAAAUUUACACAUCUUUUUAGUUGUUUAAAGUUUUUGGUCCAAAAAUUUGUGGAGCCUCAGCGAGGUUUUAUGUACACAUCAUACAAUGUAUGAAAAUAAAUAAUAAUUUUUAGUUGUAUUUAAAGUAUAUAACUGACCAAGCUGUUGGGUGUCUGUGGGUUUACUUGGGGUAACUUUGCUCUUUGUCCGUCCGUCUGUCUGGCCAUCCCCGAGUCCUAUAACUACAGAAUUAAGGAAUACAAUAUAACUAUGGCUCGAAAAUAGAAAAUAAAAUUAUUAUUGUAGCAAAGAAACAUAUAAUAUAGUAUAUAAUAUGCAAACUUUCAUCCAAACCAAACAAACAGAUUUUUUUUUUAUGUUUCUUUAUAAUAAUAUGUGCUAAAGUUACUUUUUUUAUAUACUACGGGCAUUCUAUCUUGGUGUCAAAUCAAAAAUGGCUUUAUCUUUUAAAAGCUAUAAUUUCUUGUAUAAUACCAGUCCUAUAAUAACAAUUUAAAUCCAUUAUCAAAUAGAAUAAUAAAAUAACAAAAGAUUAUUCCUUGUAAAACUUUCUUUGUUGCGAAACACUCGCAACAUCACAUGACGAUAGACGGUUACAAAUGGUGACGUUACGCUUGAAAGAUAAAUUUAUUUAUUUCUAAUGGAAAGUAGGCUUAAAGCUACUAGUUAUUUUCUAUCCAACUAAAUAUGUAUCACUCAUCACAUUAUGUUGAAAUUAUUGACUUAAUUUCCCCAAAAAUGUUCUUUUUUGUACCUGUUUUAUUACAUUUCUAAUUGACGUAAAAUAUACGCAGGAAUAUGUCAACAAUAUUGUUAGACUUGUUUAAGUGCGUAAUGAUAAGUGUAAGAUAUAAAUGCUCGCAAUCGAUUCGUUUUUGAAAUUUCGAGAGUAAAAAGGACUCUAUCUUUAAUAAUUAAAAUCUCAACUUCCUCUACAAAACAUUAUUAUGAAAACCAAUAAAAUGUGUGAUAUUAAAACGUAUUUAAUUAUUGUAUUAGGUCCAUUUUACAAUGCCUUUGUAAGGUUUCGAUACUCGGAAGUCGACUACGAUUGCGAGCUUGAAUAUCGUAUACUAUGGGUUCUAAACAAAUUAGGUUUUACGAGUAACUUGUUCAUGUUGUCAGCUACGCCCAGAGCUACUAUCGAUUUUCAGUAUAACGGCGAUACAUUAACUAUUCGACACACACCAAAUUAACUUAGCAAAACGAAAAUAGUGGAUUCUGGAUAAUGGAUUCAGCAUGUUUAUAGAAGUAUCAAUAUUAUCAGCUCCCCUAUGCAGCAAUUUUCCGAAAGUCGAAUAGUCCGUUUUUUAGGACGACCGGCAACUUGUUCGGAAAAUUACUGAAUUGUAAUAUAAAAUAGAUCCGAUAUCCCAUCCAUUUAAAGCGUUAGAAAUGUAUAUAAAAUAUACUUAGAUAUUAUAUAAAAAAACAGAAACCGUAUUUCAUUCUGAUAUAUGGAAAUGCUGUUAAAUUUAUAACGUACAUGUGAAAUGCAAAAGAAGCAUAUCUACACGUGUAUAUGUUUUUCUUCCUUACUCACUCGUUUGUCAACUCUGAGAGCGGGACAGAAAAUCUAAGACACAUUACAUUUGUUUUACAAACGAUGACUGAACUUUUAGUUUAAUAUAUGCUGACAGGAAAUAAUUAUAACCCACCCAGCAAUGAUCAAUGACAAUAAGUCAUUGAUCAUUGCGGCCAAUGACCAUUAACGGGUCAUCAGGAGGUCACCAGAUUAUGAUUAUUGUGGUCAUGAAACAUAUCUUAUGAAUAUAGGGAAUUGAAUCUUACUUUUUUAUCAUCGUUUGUUUGUUAUUAGAAGUGAUUGUGAGUUCAUACGUUAUAAAUGUACAGCACUUUAAUGUCAUAUCAGACUGGCAGUUUAUAUUAUUGAACGAAUAUUUUUAAUUUUUAUAGAAAUGUGUGAACUAAAUUACAUUGCGUUUUAUAAACUCAAUGUAAUUUAGUUCACCCACUUGGAUUUUUGUCAUACAAAUCUUUGUUUGGUCUAGGUUAAUAUAUACACAGCCAAUUUCUUUUCGCAUCGCAACAGUAACCUAGAUGUAUGUGUGUGUUGAUAUAUAAAUAAUAUACAUUGUUCGAUCAUUUGUUUCAGAACUGCGUUUUUUAAUAUUUAUCAGUAGUAUUUCAUAUUAAAUCUUACUAAAUGCCGUCUAGAAAUAUUGUCUAGGAACGUCGCCUAGACAUAUUGUGCGGCAGAUAGAUCAAAUGGUCUGCAGAUGGAAGACGAUAAAUAGGCACUGUGUAUAUUUUAAUUAGAUGAAUGGUAACUUUCUACUGAGAAAUACACUAGCGGAGCGGAGACGUCCAAUUAGAUUAUUGAAAAGUGACGUGGUAAUUUUACCACCUUAUCUUUCAGUCAGUCUAUUCCUGCAUGUUUGCGCUCCUCUACAAACUGUCCAAACAAACAAACAAACUAACCACAGCUGUGUUAAAAUGUUUAGCCAAAUUCACUCAUAAAACAUAAAUUAUUGUAGCAUAUUAUGUAAUUAAACUAAUAUACAUUGUCUGGUGUGUAAUAAAACUAGCGAGUCUGAUUUACUUUGCAUAUUGAUCAACAUGUAAAUAACAAUUCCUUGAGGAUUGAGUCAACUUAGUAAUAGAGGUAUGCCAUUUGUAAAAUAAACCCAUAAAAUAUUCCCCUAGGAGAAUGCGUCUGCGCUCGGUUAGUACCGCCUUUCUGUAACAAUACUUCCUUCUUUAAAAGUAAAUCAAUUGUAAAUAUAGUUCGGAAACGUUAAGGUAGUUAGGUGCAUUAAUCUUGGAUAUGGGUUAUCAAAUCUUAAUUAAAUUGAGAUAUUCCGAGUUUAAGCCACUAACCUGGCAAUAUGAAAGUGCAAAAAUAGUAUAUUAAGUGUAUUAUAGAUAUGUAUUCUUUUAUGUGAAUAUUGUGUCUGCACUUUUUGUAUUAUAGACUUUUAAAGAGGGCUUAUAAUUUAUCGGGAAACGUUCUGAUGAGGCACAAUUCGUUUAUUGUAAAUAAAUUAGAUAGUGUUAAUAUAUUGGUCUCUGUUGACUAAAAUAUGAUGGCGUGGUUAUUUGUAUGCGAUUUUGAGAUUUUAAAGACCGUUGCUUGUUCAAAGGGACUCGAUCAAACUAUUCGUGCAAAAUGUACAAACACUAACAAUGUUAGUUCGCAAAUGAGAGAUGUUUUAUGCUUAUAUUACAUUAAUAAAUAGGACAAUUAUCAUGUUGGACUUUUAAUCGAUGGCUAAUAGCUUAAGCGUUUGUAAGUUCUUGUUCCCUUAAGAGUCGGCGUAGAUCGAAUAAACAACUGCACGAGCAUGUUUAAGUUUUAUCUUACGCAUAUUUAAACGUCGUAAUCUAUUAAAAAUAGAUUAGGAAAUACCGAACUAGCGAUUAAAACGAAACGAAAGAGUAAGGUCGAAACGAAACUAGCUUGCAAAGUAUUUUAACUGUAUACUAAUUGGAAGUUUAUGACAACUUUUUUUUAAAUAAUCCGUUAUAAAAUGCUCGACCAUGCUUGUGCACUACGUCAUUCGAUCUUUGCUAACCCUUUUUCGUAUACCUUCAAACGUCGUUCGUUUACUUUUUGUUUUUCUUCAAAGCGGAAGUUCACGUAUAACUAGAAGACGCGGGUGCGGUAGCGGGCGCAUACAUACAUAAAAAUUACUCGCUAGAGGUUUUCUAUAUAAUAUCUCGCAAAGUUUCAACGAAAUGAAACCGUAUUUAUUAUAAAACCAACUAUCAUAAUAUUUUAUCGCUUUAACUAAUUGAAAGGUAAUAAAUUUUUAUAAGUAAUGGUUCGUUUGAAGUCGUAAUUCGUUUGCUUUGUGCGUUACUAGAUGCGUUCUUCUAACAAACGCAAACGCAAUUGGAACCGCAUCGUUGCAUAGAUUACCGCGUCGGCGCCAUAGUUAGUGAACUUCCAGAUAUUGUUUGUUCACUAAGUUCGCUUUAGUGUCUUAUUACAAACGUAACUUUUAACUGUGCCUUGAUUUAGAGUUUCUAGUUAUGAAAACGGUUACUAUAUUUUUUCAUUAGUAAAAACAACAGAAAAGUUCAUCGCUACACAGCACGGCUAGCAUGGGCAGGAGACUAUUAUAUCCCCCGGGAAAGGAUACAAAUUUACCUUCUCCCACAGCUUUAUCAACUCUCAGAGCACUGGCGCACAAGUGGAAAUAAUAUUCAAAUAAUAUAUAAAUAUGUAAUAAUAAACGGGGGUAAACUUCUAUCCCUUGUUCCUGUGCUUUAGCAGGUCGAUACGUUGAUUAUGUCAGGGGAUAUAUUGUCUCCUGUCUGUGCUAUUCCUGCUCGUGUUCAGUUUCCGGAACGUUUUAAGUCACAUGACUAACGAAACUGUCUUAUAUGUGCCUUGAAACUGAGAUUUUUAGUUAUGAAAACUUUUAAUUAAAUGGUUAGAAAUUAAACAGUAACGCAACCCUUGCGAUAAUUUUUCAGGAUGUGUUUGUUCACAGGCUUCAGUGACUUUAUUAACGAAGUGAAUAUCUGUGCCUUGAAUUUGUGGUGUCUUGAUACUGAAACAGCUUUAAAAUUGUCACAAUUCUGAAGUCACAAACCGUGUUGCCAACUUCUAUGACCUUGGUGACCCAUGCAUUUAAUAUUAUAGACGCAAAUACUAGUAUUUGUUUUAAAAAUAAAAUUUGUUUAAGGAGAGUACAGAAAGUUCACAAGUUUUGAAUGUAAACAAUUUAAACAUCUCACGCAAAAAAAUUAAAUUUGAGAAAAUUAAAAAAAAAAGUAUAGAUAAAUUAGGGCAGUCCUACAAUGUCCUAUUUAAACUAAUUAAAAGUCAUAUAUGAAAAUAUGAUCGCCUUUAUUAAUGGCCUUAUAAAUGUUUCAUAAUAUUAAAUGUUGAGUUUCAUUUUCGUUUCAAAAAUAUAUCAUGUUUAAUAUGACUAUAACGAAUUUGAUAAAAUAGUAAAAAAUAUGAACGUAAUAAAACUUCGAUAACACUUAACUUAGCUUAUUAUAUCUAAAUAAGUUCAUACUACCUUUAGAGGUUCCGGUUCUGUCUUAAUCAAAAAAAUUUACCAAGGAAUUGUGAACAAACACAUCAAAAAUAAAAGUACCUAGACAGACCGAGAUAUAUUCUUUAGACACAUUAUUAUGUUGGUGACAUAAAAUAAAUAAUGACUAUUAUUAAAAUUUAAAGAAUGUAGUGUAAAAUUUAUUGUUUUAUAUAUAUAUCGCUAGUUUUGAAUUUUAAGUAGGAAAUAGAGUCUUGAAAUCGAAAAAAAUGCUCCAUUCAAACAAUGUUACGAUUUUCUGUUUCAAGUUGUGCUACUAUAAUUUCCACAUGAAACUUUUUAUGAUCGUAGGACCUACGUUAGUCUUUAUUGUCUGCAAUUUUGACCGAAUUUAAGAGGUAAAAGAUUCGAUUUUAUCAUCCUUAAUUCCUGGCGCUUUUAACAAAUAAAAAUGUAUUGAAGUAACAGUGGAUUUAAAUGGCAACCAAAACGUUAUAGAUAAAAAGAUGGAUUUUUUUUUGAAUAUCGUACAUUUUGUAUCUAAACUCGUACUAGGAACUGUACUAUAACUAUGAUGAUAAAUUGUCGUUUGACCCGCAAUCUAUGUAUGCUCUUUACAACUUGUAAUGAUCAACAUUUUUUGGACAUAUUUUUAUAAACCAUACAUUCUCUGUAUCAAGUACUAAAAAUCAACAUUAUAUAAAGCUUUCGUCAAUUUUAUCCGCCAUUAUCUUCAUAAAACUAACGCACUACUAAUGAUCAUAACAUCGAUUCUUGUUAAUUUCUAAAUUAAGGGUUACCUACACACACACAAACAAAAAUUCAGCACUAAUAUUAUAAAUAAGAGCCUAUGCUCUUGGUCCAUAUCGAUAAUACAGCUAUACAGGCCCAAACGGACUAAUAUCGAGGAAUUUGUACUUGAUUUGUGUUAUAAUUAUAAUAAACUAUAAUGGGUAUGUACUGCGACAAUUAGUGAUUUUUACCUACUUGUCGAACUUUGAACUAAGUUACUCUGAUCACAGAGACGACCACAAAACUGACGAUAAUAAAUUAACGAAAUUUGUAUUAAUAAAGUCCAAUUAUUAAGCGUAACAUGCUUAAUAAUUUAACUACCGUUGUAGAUUAUUAUUAUUAUUAAUAUGUAUUUAAACUGUGAACACCUACGUUUGAAAUGAUUUUUAUUAAAUCGCAGAAGUUCCUGUGAUAGCGAUCAAAGAAAUCUGAGAAAAAAGUAUUAUUCAACACAUUAAUGUUACAUUUUGAAUAGUAUUUAUAUUAACGUUGAAGAUACAAUUAAUACAUUUUCACUUAACAAACAUUCAUCCCCUAUUCUACAUCUUUAUAAUUUGUUUAAAAAACGCAUAUAUAGGUAAUCAGUUUGUCUCUCUAAAUACAAAACGUACAACUUUCGUUUUAAUCCUAACAUAACUUAGCCUCUAAGGGUGGGUUAUGCAAAUAUCCCUUAGCGAAUUUCUAAGCCCUAGAUCAACUAAACAGUUUUUGGGCUUUCAGAGUUCAGGUUUUUGGAGUGUGGAAUAAGUAAUUCUCUAAACUUAUUGUAAAAUUAUAAUAUGACAAAAACUUAAAACAUUUAAAAUUUUAUUAUUUUUGAAUUUUAAAUAUUUGUGUUCGGUCGCUUACAUUAUUGAAUCGACUGUAAUGGCUGGAUAGGUCUAGAUAUAUCAAAUAUGUUUAUUUUAGCUUCUAUAUAAUAUGUUCCAAAAAGUCAUACAGUUUAUUUUAAUUAUUGUCGACUUUUUUUGGUACUAAAUUUUUCUAACCAUUACUGUUUGCAAAACCGUUUUUGCAAAAAAAGCAAGAGUAUUUCCUUCCCUAAAAAAUAAAUUACUAUUUGAUAUUUAUUAACAGGAGCUUUAACGGUUUAACAUAAUUAUUUAGUAGUUAGAAGUGUCGAGUUAUCAUUUCUUCAGCAGUAAAUGAAACUAUUUUUUGUGACAGCUUUACUUAUUUUUAAGAUUUUUUUAACCGUAGUUUGUACCUUAGCAGUUAGCAUCGAUUCUUGUACCAAUUUAUUUUGUGUAUAAAUUUAGAUUUUAGUGAAGAUUAUGUUAAUAGACUGGGUUGUUUUGUGUUUUUUGUACAGUUAUAAUGAAUAUUAUUAUCUAAAUUAUAUUUACGUAAUUUAUUGUAGGUGUACGAUCUAAGGUUAGCUUCAUGCAUUUCGUUAUCAAAUUUCACUUUAUAUCACACUUGUGUUUUUAAUACCUUUAUUAUAUGUUGUUUUAGAUAAGCAGGAGAGUUUGAUAUCUGAGAAAUUAUUUGUAAAUGUAAUGUGUAAUUAUGUUAUAAAGUAUUACAAGCAAUUAUAUUAAAAGAAGGACGAUUUUAA